AUGUCAUCAAUAACAAUUCCUAUGAUAACAUAGGCUCAUCGUCUUUAAAAGGACAGCACUUUAAAUUUUAGAACAAAGUUGCAGAGAUCUUUGAAAUUAUCUGAAAAAUAUCAUAGCAAUAUUCAUCUGAAAAGAGAAGAUCAAUAACAAAUUAGAGUAUUUAAGAUGAGAGGUGCCUUCAAUUCUUUUAUGAGUUUAACCCAAGAACAGAAAACAAAAGGUUUAGUCACUGUUAGUGAUGGUAAUUUUGCAGAAGCAUUUGCUUUCUUUUGCAAUCAUUUCAAAAUAAAAGGUACAUCAAUUAUAUUUAUGAUUAGGAACUGUUUUUUUACCUGAAGUAUGUUUCUAAUGGAAAAUAGAAAUAAUUUAGAAGUAUGGGAAGGAUUAUGUUGAAAUAAGAAGUGUUGGAGAAUCAUUUGAUGAAGCUGAAGCUGCAGCUUAAGAAUAUAUAAAAUAGUAUGAUAGAAUAAUGAUACAUCCAUGUGAUAAUGUUAAAGCAAUUAUAGGAAAUGCAACAAUUGUAUUAUAUACUUCAUUUAUUUUAAAGGGCAUAGAAAUAAUAGAAGAUUUUCCAGGAGAGGUUGAUUACGUUUUUGUGCCAGUUGGAGCAGGAGCAUUGGCAGCUGGAAUAGCAACUUACUUUAAAGCACUGUCUCCAAAUACUAAGAUUAUUGGGGUUUAACCAGAUGGAGCAGCAUCUAUGAAAGCAUCAUUCGAUGCAAACUAAAUUGUGACAAUAGAAAGUAUGUCUAGAUUCUGUGAUGGAUCUGCUGUAAAAACAGUUCCUAAAAUCACAUUUGAUAUUUGUUAACAUAAUCUAGAUGGUUUAGCAGUAGUACCUGAAGGAAAAGUAAGUUCAACCAUUCUUGAAUUAUAUAACUAAGGAAUAGCAGUAGAACCAGCAGGAGUAAUAUUAUUUUAUAUAUUUUUAAGGCUUUGGCAGUUUCUGUAUUGGAUUAAUAUGCAUCAGAAAUAAAGGAUAAAAAUGUUGUCUGUUUAAUAUCAGGAGGAACAGUGGAUCUUUCAAGAUUUGAUGAAUUUAAAGAGCAUUCUUAAUUAUUUGAAGGAUUGAAAUACUUCUUUUUGAUUUAAAUUCCAUUCAGACCUGGUAUUCUAAAGAGCUUUGUUAGUUUGUAAUUAUAAAUACUAAUAUUAGAUGUUUAGGACCAGAUGAUGAAAUUAGUCAUAUUCAAUUUUAGAAAAAAGCUAAUAGAGAAAGGGGACCAUGUUUGGUGGCUAUAGAAGUAGCUAAAAAGGAGAAUAUAAAAAAGGUUAUGGAGAACAUGACUAAAAUGCAUUUAUAAUAUGAAGUUGUAAAUGAUUCAAAAGAGUUGUUUGAUUUAUUGGUUUGA